GUCGCUGCAGUCUUCAGUUGACUUUCAGCUGUCUCGCGAGUCGCUCGUGCGUGUGUCGCCAAGUGAAAUUUCUUGUUCUGUUUGGGCGACUUGAACAGAAACCUGAAACAAGAUGAGUCCACGCCCACACGAGAGCCUGGCGGCAGCACAAAUUCUGUCCGAUCUGGAGCUGAGCAGCGCAACAACAUCGUGCUAUAAUCGCAAAGUGUUAAAGGAUGAUGAUAACUGGCUACUCAAUCAGCUGCUGGCUGUGCUUACCUGGAAAACAGGCGUCAGGGCAGACGCUCAACAAAAUCUCGAUGGUCAACUGACUACGGAACUCGCUACGGAUGCCGCUCAUCAGUUUCCGGCUAAUGAGGAGCCGAACGUGCUGGGACAUGGCCCGGACUUUGACGACAAGUUGGCCAACUUCAAAUGGCUGUGCAACUUUGAUGAUGCGCCAAGUCAUUUGAAGUUCAAUCCGUAUAUACGACGUGGCUAUCGCACAUUCCUAUCCAACAAGCUGUGCCUGCAGAGCAUUUUCUGGUGGACUAAUGAGACGAUCAAUAUCUGGAGUCAUUUGGCUGGUUGCAUUCUGUUCAUCGGGCUGACAAUCUUCGACCUGCAAUUUCUGCGCCAGCAUGCAGAGUUUACUGAUCAGGUGCUUGUGGUCUGUUUGCUGGUCUGCUUCUGUCUGUGCAUGCUGAUGUCGGCCAUAUAUCAUAUAUUCUCCUGCAAGUCGGAGGAGCAUUACGAGCUCUUUCUAUCUGUGGAUUUUCUGGGCAUAUCCCUCUCGCUGGUGGCCAUCUACAUAAGUGGCAUGUACUAUGCCUUCUGGUGCCAUACGUUUCUGCGCACAAUAUACUCUACCAUUGCGCUGGGCAUGUUUGGCCUGGCCAUUGCCGUGCAGAUACCCCAGCUGAAUGUCUCCAUGAAUGGCAAGGUGGCUGUGCUCCUGCUGUGGUCCGCAUAUGGCAUACUGCCGCUGGGCCACUGGGCGGUGGCCAUGGGCGGGCUGGAGAACGAGCUGGUCGGCCUGAUGGUGCCGCGGAUUGUGGUCAUGUAUCUGCUGUGCCUGGUGGCCUUUGUGUUCUAUGCCGCCAAAAUACCCGAGCGUUGGCUCACCGGCAAAGUGGACUUUGUCGGCCACUCGCACAACUGGUGGCAUCUGAUCAUUGUGGCCGCCUUUUACCACUGGCACAAUACGGGCCUCGUCUAUGCCGAGUACCGUCUCAACAAUGGCUGCAGCGCUGGCCCGGUUCUAUCCUGAGUUUCCACUCUGUGGACUGGUAAUGUCCAUUGUAAAUAGUCUAGAUGCACUAAGUUUUAACUAAUAUUUAGUUGUAGCUGUUGAGAGAUAUAUUGUUAAUUUAUACACUUACACACACACACACACACAAACACACACAGACAUAUACACAUAGACUAAUGCGUGUGUGUAAUAAGGGUUUCCAGUUAGUGUACUUAUUACAAUAAUCGAGUGAACUGUGAAGUUGGUUUUUUAUUAAUGGCCAUGAAGAAACGUGAAUCUGGUUGAAACUA